AAUGCCGCCCUGAAUGCCGCCAGAGCCCCCCGCCCGCCCCCUGCCCCGUUCCGCUGCCUCCCCUGGGGCCGGCCUUGGGGAUGCCCCGUGAGGUCUCCUUGCUGCCCCACGGCCUGGCCGCUGGCGCCCGCUGCGUCUGGGUCGCGGCCAGUGGAGCGUGUGCUUCCUCCUCCUUCCUCCCCAGGUCGCCCGGCACUGGCCUGGGGGAUUUUUGCCGGUGGCCUGAUUGGUUGGCCAGGAAGCUGUUCUCUGCAUCUCCCGUGAGCAGGGCACCGUUCACAGCCACCUCCCUCCUUCAAGCGCGGGAGCCGGCACCACUGGUGGGGCCCCGCCUCCCUGAGCCCAGCGUCAGGCGGAAGGCCGUGGGGGAGGGGCAUCCCUGGCGCUUGGGCGCCGCCUCGCUUGCGCCCACGCUGCCCUGCCCCUGCAUCUGCACCUUCGUUUCCCCAAGGACCCUGUGGCUGCUGCAGGCAAGGAGGCUCCAGGGGCUGGGCGCUGGGCCCCCUCCCACCUGGGCUGCCAGAGCCCCCAGGCCUGGUCCCCUGCCUGCCUGGGGCAUCCCCCCGAUGGCUGCCCUGGGAGGUGGGAGGACGGGCAGGCCCCUGGGCACCACAGUCCAGGUUCACUGACAGCUUUACAGACCAGGGGACUCUGGGAGACCUGCGGCAGGAGACUGGGCCUGUGAGUGCCCACUGCCGAGUGCUGGCAUGUCUUGCCCCGGGAGGAGGUCCCGGGGAUGAGGUCACCUGCUUCCUGGAUCACGGAGGGCCGUCUCAUUCUCCUCCUGUUCUGACUGUGCCCUUCACCCUCGACUGAGCCAUUGGGGCUGGGAAGGCCCCGGAGCCUGGGGGCUGGGUGGCUCCGGGCUGCCCCCACACCCGAUCUCACAGGGCUCGGUGGAGGGCUGCCCCCGCCUGCCUCGCUUCCCUUGCUCCUUCCCUGGCAGCCUCCGCUAAAGGCUCCUGAGAAGUUCUGGGUCCUUAUAUCCGAGAAACAGAUACCAUCUCCCAUUCCUGGUGGAAGAUGAGCCCGCACCAAGGCCUGUCCUUACCGCUCACUUCAGCUUCACGAGGGCCAACCGGCUCACUGGUGACGGGGGGGAGCUGUGCCUUGGAGAUGCCCCCGUGGGAGAUGCCCCAGCCUGGGGCUGGGUGUUGAACCUAAGUCACACUGGGAGGCAGGGCUGGGCGGAGGGCUCGGGCUUCCUCCUCGUGCCUGUGACAACGCGUUCCUUCGGCCUGGGCUGCGCUGCUCGCUCGUUGUUGGGACCCCGCCUGCGGCCCAGGAGCUGGAUUUCCGAUCUGUAAACACGGGGCAUGUGUCCCAGCGGCUGUGGGCAAGCGAGGGGGCCGCGAGCCGGCCACACAGGUCCUGCAGCCUCAGGCCUCCUGGUUGCCCGACAGGCAGCUGGGGGGAGGGGGGCAUGGCCACAGAUUAAAGGCCGCUCGGAGCAGCCUGUGUGGAGCCGGUUGCCCAACAGCCCAGGAAGCCGAGCAGCGCCCACUCCCGGUUUUGUGCCUCUUGUUUGGGCAACUGUAGGCUUCACUGUCCCUGUGAAAACAUCACCAUGUCCAAGGGACCCCAGGCUGAGACCUUCGUCUUCUUGGACCUGGAAGCCACCGGGCUCCCCAGUGUGGACCCCAAGAUCGCCGAGAUCUCCCUGUGCGUCCACCGCUCCUCGCUGGAGAACCCCAAGCGCGAUGAGUCUGACGCCCUGGUGCUGCCCCAGGUCCCGGAUGAGCUCACGCUCUGCAUGAGCCCGGAGCGCCCGUUCACUGCCAAGGCCAGCGAGAUCACCGGCGUGAGCAGCGAGGGCCUGGCCAGGUGCCAGAAGGCCGGCUUUGACAGCGCUGUGGUGCGUACACCGCAGGCCUUCUGAGCUGCCAGGGAGGGCCCCUUGUGCCUCGUGGCGCACAACGGCUUCGAUUAUGACUCCCCCCUGCUGUGCACGGACUGCCUGGGUACGCUGCCGGCGCCGCGGGGCCUGGACCAUGCCCACAGCCAUGGCACCCGGGCCCAGGGCGGCAAGGGUUACAGCCUGGGCAGCCUCUUCCACUGCUACGUCCAGGCGGAGCCGAGGGCCACGGCACACCCGGCUCAUGGUUUUUCUGCCGCCGAGCUGCUCGCCUGGACUGAUGAGCAUGCCCUUAGCUGGGCCCGUGUCAAGCCCAUGGACGUGCCACCCGACGGCCCGAGUCUCAAGGCCUGAGCCAGGGGCUCGGUAACGCUGCUGCCCAGGGUGACGAGGCGCACUCCCUGCAGUAGGGCAGUGCCAGCCUCCGCCGUUCAGCCGGGCCGUGUGGCCCGGAGCUGGACCUGGGCCAGUGCCUUGCCGCCCAUCCUGGCGGGCCUGUGCGCCUGCCAGGCUUUCCCUGGCCCUGGCCUAACCUGCCCCUCAGCCCUAGAGCCUCCUCCCGGCCCCUCCCCCGGCCCGUGCCCUGGUAGAGGUUGCUGCCGCUGGUGCCCACCCUCCACCCCGUCUUUCAAUAAACAUUGACAACCGCUCACCAGCUGGCUUUCGCUUGCUCUCCUCCCUACAUUCUGCCCGGAGUGGGCCAAGAGGGAGCCAGGCCAGGGGCACGAGCAGAGCACCCCAGGGCUGCCCCCUUGUGGCCUAUCUCUGCGGUGAGCCUGGUCGGGGAGCCGUCGGCGUUCACAGCCUGGUCCAAGGGGCCGACAGGCUGGGGCUGUGGACCUCAAGCCACGGGCCUCUGCCCUGGCUGGUCUCCUACUGUGCCAUCGAUGAUCACCCCUUCCCUGCCUUGUCA